AGCAGCGUGUGCAGCCGCGCCAGCCGCCCGCGCCCCGGCGCGCUCCGGCUCGGCCAUGGAGCUGCCAGCUGUUGGCGAGCACGUCUUCGCGGUGGAGAGCAUCGAGAAGAAGCGGAUCCGCAAGGGCAGAGUGGAGUAUCUGGUGAAAUGGAGAGGCUGGUCCCCCAAAUAUAACACGUGGGAACCCGAGGAGAACAUCUUGGACCCGCGGCUGCUGAUCGCCUUCCAAAACAGGGAACGGCAGGAGCAGCUCAUGGGCUACCGGAAGAGAGGCCCGAAGCCCAAGCCGUUGGUGGUACAGGUCCCCACCUUCGCCCGCCGCUCCAACGUGCUGACCGGCCUGCAGGACUCCUCCGCGGACAACCGCGCCAAGCUGGAGCUGGGCGCGCAGGGCAAGGGCCAGGGGCACCAGUACGAGCUCAACAGCAAAAAGCACCACCCGUACCAGCCGCAUAGCAAGGAGCGGGCGGGCAAGCCGCCGCCGCCGGGCAAGGGCAGCAAGUACUACUACCAGCUCAACAGCAAGAAGCACCACCCCUACCAGCCGGACCCCAAAAUGUACGACCUGCAGUACCAGGGCGGCCACAAGGAGGCGCCCAGCCCCGCCUGCCCGGACCUGGGCGCCAAGAGCCACGCGCAGGACAAGUGGGCGCACGGCGCGGGUGCCAAGGGCUACCUGGGGGCCGUGAAGCCCCUGGCCGGCGGCGCCGCGGGCAAAGGCGCGGAGAAGGGGCCCCCCAACGGGCUGGCGCCGGCCCCCAAGGACGGGGUCGCGGGCAACGGCAUCGGGGGCAAGAUGAAGAUCGUCAAGAACAAGAACAAGAACGGGCGCAUCGUGAUCGUCAUGAGCAAGUACAUGGAGAACGGCAUGCAGGCGGCCAAGAUCAAGUCGGGCGAGGCGGCCGAGGCCGGCGCGCGCUCCCCGGGCCACAAGAAGCGCGCCGCCGCCGCCGUGGCCGCCGAGGACCGCCACCCGCCCGCCGCCGACAGGACCUUCAAAAAGGCCGCCGUCCCCGAGGACAAGAAGGCGGAGGCGCCCUGCAAGAGGCGGGCCGGCGACGAGGAGGCGGCCGCUGCGGCGGUGGCCGCGCCCGAGCCCGGCAACCCGCAGGCCCAGGACGCCGCCGGCCCCCGCAAGCUGUCCCCCGGCAAGGAGGCCUUCGGGGAGCAGCCCCUGCAGCUCACCACCAAGCCCGACCUGCUGGCCUGGGACCCGGCGCGCGGGGCGCACCCGGCGCCACACCACCCGCACCACCAUCACCAUCACCACCACCACCACCACCACCACCACGCCGUGGGCCUCAACCUGGCGCACGCGCGCAAGCGCUGCCUCUCCGAGACCCACGGCGAGCGCGAGCCUGGCAAGAAGCGGCUCACGGCGCGCAGCAUCAGCACCCCCACGUGCCUCGGGGGCAGCCCCGGCGCCGAGCGCCCGGACGCGCCGCCCGCCGUCUCCGCCGCCGCCGCCCUCCCGCAGCCCGAGGUCAUCCUGCUGGACUCGGACCUGGAUGAGCCCAUUGACUUGCGCUGCGUCAAGACGCGCGGCGAAGCCGGGGAGCCCCCCAACCCCUUGCUGGUAAAGCCCGAAGCGCCGGCGCCCGCGCCGGCCCCCGCGGCCCAGAGGCCUCCGGCCGGCGCCCUGGACGAGCCCGCGGAGGCGCUGAGCGAGUUCAAACCCUUUUUUGGGAAUAUAAUUAUCACCGACGUCACCGCGAACUGCCUCACCGUCACCUUUAAGGAGUACGUGACGGUGUAGCCGGGAAGGAGGCGCCGCGCCCCGGGCAGGGGCGGCUUGCCGGCUCCGACCGCCCCGACCCCGGCCCGCCUCCCGCGCUGGGGCGUCGCCGGGCCCCGCUCCGCCUCCUUCGCCUUCCACUCGGUGCCUGCGGGACUCGGCCGCGGACUGGGCGCGCGGGCCGGGCGCAGAGGUCUAGUAUUAUAUUUUAACCGUGCUAACGUGUCCAGUGCUGACCCCUGCCCGUUUGUACGUGGUGUUAUUAUGGAAACGUUUUGUUUGAGCUCAGAAAGCCCGACCCCCUCCCUCCUUAGGGCCGAGAAAUAUAAAUAUAUAUAUAUAUUUAUUUGUAGGUAUUUAUAUAUGGAAAUAUAAAAGCCUAGAUUUAUGGAGUCUCCUCUAGAUCACGUUAUAUUCUAUAUCAGACUAUUUUCUGUUCGGCCUUUCUCGCCCUCCGUUCAGUAUUUCGGUAGAUUCCAACCCUUCGCCCGGUGCAGGAAAUGCACUACCGGUAACCUUGGUAUAUAUUUUUUGAUACCGUACACAUCCAUGUGGUGUUUCUAUGUGCAAAAAGAUUUAAAAAAAAAAAACUUUUGUUAAGAGGUUAAAGGAGCUCUGUAGAAACAGCUGCUACUAGAAAAAAAUGUCUAAAACUAUAAGCUUCCACUUAUUACCUGCUUGAAUGUAAAUAUUAAAUGGAGAUGUUGAAGGUGCAUUUUCGCCCUUGGAGAUGGACGUUGGGGUUGGGGAGGCUGCCAGGCCCUCUUCUCUCUCCCCCAAGUCACUCCCGUAUCCACGCCGGGAC